CGGACUUCUCUUUUCUAGGACAUUGACAUUAACUUUCGCUAUUUCAUGAGUUCAUCCGCGGACGCAAUACUCCCUGAGAUGGUGCUUCAAGGAUGGCUCGACGCCAAUUUCAAUUCUCACCUUCUUGCAUAUUUCGCUCAUGGUGUUUAUACGGGCAUUUUUGGAAUGUCAAUAUGGCUACUACUAGUUAACAGCGUCUCCAGGGCACGAAUAUACAUGGGAUGUAUAAUCACGGCUCUAUACAUCUUUGCCACGAUCGCUGCCAUUGCCUUAUGGAUCGAUUUUAGCGACGCUUUUGUCAUUGGAACAUCUUUCCAGGCGCGAUACGAUUUGAUGUCUUCAUCUGUGUUGUUGGAAACUAUGAGUGAUAUAGUAGAAGCACUGAACCUUCUAAUUGCAGACUGCAUUAUGAUCUGGCGUUGUUGGGUUGUAUGGGGACACGAUUGGAAAGUAGUGAUCACUCCGAUUUUCUUCGUCAUCAUCGAAAUAGCCUGCGGAUGCAUACUUUUAGUUCAUCAGACCAAGGACGACGUUAUUACGAUAGCCUGGGCUCUACCCACCAUGGCUAUGACCUUAGGAACCAACAUUCUAUGCACCGGUCUGAUUGUCGGACGUAUUAUUCAUGUUGCUAGAGGACAUCGUGGCGUUAUGGGCGGCAUCCGGACUUAUCGUGGUGUUAUUGAGAUUCUCGUAGAAUCGGCCGCACUGUAUUCUUUGAUCUACAUGGCCCUGAUGAUACUCUACCCUCUCGAGGGUUAUGGAUACACAUAUGCCCAGCGGUUGACUUAUCCUAUCACUGGUAUCGCACCUACCUUGAUCAUCGCCCGCGUUGCCUCGGGACAAGCCCGUCCCGUAGAGUCUUCACAUGAAACUCAAUCUUCCUUACACUUUCAGGCAUCUCGUGGAAGCACUACUGAAGCAGAGAUGGACGACGUAGAGGAGGAUAUGAUGCAAGGAAAUAUGGAAGGAACUACGCUCAUUACAGGACGACUCGAGCUAUCUGGUUCGGUCGAAGAAGUCUGAAGCCGUGAGAGAGGGAUUAUGUCGACUUAUCUUCGUGUCUAGAUUGUCAAUAUUUUUUGCCUUGU